AUGGGGAGGCCGCCGUGCUGCCACAAGGUGGGCGUGAAGAAGGGGCCGUGGACGCCGGAGGAGGACAUCAUCCUGGUGUCCUACAUCCAGGAGAACGGCCCGGGGAACUGGCGGGCGGUGCCCAUCAACACCGGCCUCAUGCGCUGCAGCAAGAGCUGCCGCCUCCGCUGGACCAACUACCUCCGCCCCGGCAUCCGCCGCGGCAACUUCACCACGCACGAGGAAGGCAUCAUCGUCCACCUCCAGUCCCUCCUUGGCAACAGAUGGGCCGCGAUCGCGUCCUACCUGCCACAGAGGACGGACAACGACAUCAAGAACUACUGGAACACGCACCUCAAGAAGAAGCUUAAGAAGCAGCAGGCCAUGGGCGCCAUCUUCGCGCCGCCGCCGCCGCCGCCCUCCAGCUCCGCCGAGACAGCUAUCAACCUCCCCGGCGCCGUCCAUCUCGACAACCACCACCACCGAUACCACCAUGACGCGAUCGCUGCCUCCAGCUCCACGGUCGACCACGGCUGCUACGCGGCGUGCAGCAACCCGGAGGUCACCCAGCAGCAUACGACGAUCACCAUGCGCCGCUCGCCAUUCGCCGACGUCGCCGCCGACUGCUCCUCGUCGUCCUACGCCUCCAGCAUGGACAACAUAUCCAGGCUCCUCGACGGUUUCAUGAAGAGCUCCCCGCCCACCGCCACCGACGUCAAACCCAACAUAGCCGUGGUCAGCGACCCUUUCAUGUCCUUCGACCGCAUAUCCGGCACCGGCACCGAGCUGGCUUUCGUCCCUGGCGUUCAGCAGCAGCAGCAGCAGCCGGUGUUAAUGGGGGGCAUCAGCUAUGAUGACGAGGCCACCAGACAGCAGCAGCAGCUCCAUCAUCAGUUGCCACUGUGUUCGAUCGAGAAGUGGCUUCUCGAUGAGGCAGCGGAGCAGGUCGCUGACCUGAUGGACCUCUCCGACGGUGGCUGCUCCUCCCUGCCAUUGCUGUACUAG